AGGUGAAGCAGGCAGCAAGUUGGCUCAGUGAAUACAAGGCUUAAACGUUUUUAUUAAUUUGUGUUUUCACCGGACAUGAGAUGAGAGGCUGAAGAGAACUGUUUCACUUCAUAAAGGAGGUUUCUGUUGUUUCUGUAAAUAUUAAAACGCGCAAUGGAUCAGGAGGAACCAAUGGACUUUAAGACCCUGAGGGCCAAGUUCCAACAAGAAGAUUUCAUAUCGAAGCCACCCAAGACAAAACCUUUUAUCCCAGAGAAACCAAAGGUGGCCUCUCCUCCCCAGAGCCCCACCUAUCAUCACCUCCCUUCAGGCGCGCGCCCCUCCCUGCUCAGCACCAUCAAUGAGAACUUGGAAAGAAAGACACUGUUUGCACCAAGAGUGGUCUUCACAGAUGCUAAGAAGGAGAGCAAAACGCCUCUCAUCUCCAUGAACGCUAAGGGAAAAAACAAAAGUGAAGGGAAACUGAAAGGUGGAAAGGACAAAACAUCAAAAGGAAGCAGGGAUAAUCCUGAAGGUUCCAUGGAUCAAAAGAAAGCAAAGCACAAGCAUAAGUACAAGGUGCUUCCUUUGGAGAGUACACCAGAGCUGGUGCCAGCCACACCUCCACCUAAAGUCACAACAGAAAAAAAGAAGGGGUUGAAUAUUGUCAAAAAGCCGAAAAGAGGUUCGGCGUUGAUCUCAGAUGAUCCGAUUCUGGAUGCCCCGAGCUCAGAUGUUCCUGGACCAGCUCCACUCAUCCCUAUGCCUUCCGAAUUGAGUAGCGGAGCACUAUGUAAUUCAACACCAGAAUCCCUUCUACUAGACAACCCCACCAUACCUGACGACAGUAAUGAUGUAGAAAUUAGCCCACCCUCUACUAUUCUUGAAUCUUUUGCCUUCAACCCACCUCCUCCUCUCAUACCUCAUGACCCAGCACCUGAAAUCCCAAACCCGAACAGUGAAACCCCACCUGAGAUAGAAAAUCCUGCUUUGCCUGUUUCCACACUGGCCAGCCAAGACGAAAUUAUUCCGAAUCCACUCAUUCCCUCUUCACCCUCUCCACUGGACUGUACCCUCUCUACUUCUCCUUCAGUGGUUUCUACUCCAUCUCCAGCACCUUCUGAGCCUGAGAUUACAGCUGAGACUGGUAAAGAUGCUGUUUAUAUACCUGCUGAGAAGAAGCUUCCUUCUUCAGCCAUAAACCCUCCAUCCAUUCCACCAUCUCCCAAAGUAGAGCGUCCAAUCUCAGCGCUCUCUGCCCUGGAGAGGGCAGAGGAUAUGAAUCAUGGAAAGAGAACACCUCCUGGUGACCAGAGAAUUUUAAAGGCUCUCCAGAAUGCACGCAAUAAGACCAGCAGCCCCCUGACAAACGUCACCCAAUCCUACUCCGUUACCCCUCCACCUGAGGAACCGUCCCCUUCUCAGAGCUCCACUGUCAGUCUCCCAGAACUCCCACCCAUUGAUUAUGAAGAUCGAACAGACAAUGCCCUCCCAUCGAAAACGGCACACAUUAACGGGCUUGACCCCCGACAACCUGCUCCACUUUUGAACAAUAUCACUGAGGGAUGUGACACUGCCCCAGAGCUGCACGUGGUUCCCCCUCCUCCACCCAAGACGAUCAUUUCAGACACCAGGCCUCAGAAUUCUUCUGUAGCAGAGCCUGCCAUCCACAUGGGGGAAUUCAGUCCCCCACCUGUUGUGGAAUUUAAUGAAAUCCCUGCUCCACCUGAAUUUUCAGAAACCUACACCCCUUAUAUUGAAGAGGUUGACAUACCUGACAAUGUGGCUUCAGAUGGUCAUUUUCCAGAGCUGCCGGCAUCAGAGUUAGAGUAUGAGAAGUACGCAGGUCCAGAUGUUCCAGAUGGUCAGGACCUGCCAAAGGGAUACAGUAACGGGAUAACUGUUCCACAAACUGAGAUCCACACAGAGUCACCGGGUGGAAACACAUCCCAAAUGAAUCCACCGCCAGCAUCAUCCCUCACUGUCGGCCACGACUUACCAGCAGCGUCAGAGCCCCACACAGAUGACGAUGUGUAUCAGGACGCAGAAAAUGUGUAUGAGUAUGUCGCCACACCUGAAGGUGGCAAAAAAGGCGUAAAGACUAAAGUCAAGAAACGCAAAGGACAACCAAAGAAUCCAUAUGUUGAGUCAACACCGGAGACGGUUCAAGAGAAAACCAAGUCGGGCAGGUUCAGCAAGUCUGAGAAGAAAGCAGCUGCAGAGGGGCCGGAUGAGAAAGAGCUGAAAAAGAAAGAGAAGCAGCGCCUGGAAAAGGAGAAGAAGGAGCUAAAGGAGAAACAAGAACGGGAAAGGAAAGAGCAAAAAGAGAGGGAAAAGAAGGAGAACGAGCUGAGGAAGAAAUUCAAAAUCACAGGGCAGGAGGAUGCGCUGUACCAGGCAAAAGUAGUUGUAACCGCAAAGGGACGUAAGACUGAUCUCCCCGUCAAGAUGGGAGACACCAUCAGCAUUAUCCGAACAGGAAACUGUCCCAAAGGGAAGUGGCUGGCCAGGGAUAGCAGCAACAACUAUGGGUAUGUUUCAGUUGAUCAUGUGGAGCUGGACAUUAAGGAGAUGUUAGAGCUGGGAAAGAAAACUCUCCCCAGCUCAAACAGUAACCUCACCAAACCAAGUCAUAACCGCACGAGUUCGCAAGCCUCAAACCAUUAUCAGCAAACAGAAGACAGUUUCACAGACGACAGCGAGGAGUGGACUUGUGACGACGAUCCUCUCUCUAGUCCUGAUGCUUCAAAUCCGGAGGCCCCACUAGGUCACACCCGGACAUUCUCCAUGCCUGAUAUGGGAAACAAAGACCUUAACAUAAACCACCAGCACAGUCGCAGUGACAUGGUUGCCAACAGCUCCCAUAACCAAGCAAUUCAGAAUUUGGCAAAUUUUUUCGAUUCACAAAAAUCUGUGGAGUCAGCUGCAAGUACCACUAAACCAGCGACGAGUUACACUGCAGGUGUGCUGGAAGAAGCAACUCACAUCCCGAAUAAAACACAGACAAGUUACACUGCAGAUCCUGUGAAUGUGGCACAAGAAGCGAAUCACACAUCUCAGACCAGUUCAACAGAGGACACAGAUUUUGCUCCCAAUAAGCUCAUUUUGCCUCCUCCUGACAUGUACGCUGAUAGAGUGGUGGUGGAGUGACCAUCAUACGACAAGCCAAACAGAAACUGACCCAGGUGGGACAGGACUUGUCUGCAGCAUUAUUCUUCACACUCUGAUCUCAAUUACAAGUCUGUGACAGCACCUACAUCUGCUGGACUAUGACCUUCUUUACCCAGUGACUGCAUUCAUGGAUGGGAAUUAUGUUUUACAACAGUGGGCAUUAUAUCAUCUCGGGAAACUGAAAUCUUUCCUCUGCUCUAUCAAACAUUGCAAAGUGAAACCAGCGUGGGACAGUUUGCUUACUUUAAGUGAUCACGGGGAACGGCUGCGCCCAGGAAUGACAGACAGACAGGAUUUCUGGAGGAUGCCGAUCUUGGCGGCUCUUGUAGGGAAAAUUAAAUGCUUUGUGUGAAAACACCAGAAUGGAAAAUAUGUUUAAAGUGGUGGAAAUAAGGAACGGACAGCAGAAUGGAAACAGCAGUUUUUUCUUAUCAGAUGGCGAAAGACUUAAGAGGAAUAUUGGGUGAAGCUUCCAAUUUUUCUUUUUUUUUAGAUGUAAUCAUUAGUAACAAUUAGCCAGCUCGUAAUGCGACCUAAUACCAUUAAUGUUCCCGGUCUGUGUGUAUCUGCAGUACUCAGACUAACCUUCAGGACCACUUUCAAUAUUUAACUAAUUUUGACCAGUUUCUUUAAUUGUAUUUGUUUUUUGUAUAUAUAUUUUUUAAUUUGUCAUUUUUACACACAUUAUUUUUUCAGUGCCAAUUGUGGAAUGUGGAAGGGAUUAUGUAACUACUCAUGUUACAAUACAUAUGGCCUUUGAGUUUGUUUGUUUGGUUUUUUGCACAUAAUUUAAUAGAUAUAAACUGUUCAGAAUUCUGCUAGUGGAAUUUGCUCUGUAUUGUCAUCCAUAAACUAAAUUUUCUUUUUAUAAAGCUUUUACAUGCCUCUGACACUAAUAUUUCCCUGUAAACACAUGAAUAAUAAGUAUGAUAGAGAAAUGAAAUAAUGCAGUGAUUACUGAGGUCAUUUGCAACAGAAAUAAGUAGCGGGUGUGAUUUUGUGUGACUGUGUAAUAUCUCUUAAUUUGACAAAAAAAAACAAAUGUCAAGACAGCAAUACACAUUUUUCAAUGUUUAUUUUUC